UAAGCUUAAUUGAGAAACAAAUAUCUCGAUUCGCAGCAUCUUUCGACAAAUAAUUAUUUUUGAAAACUUUGUAUUGUGAUAUCGGAUUACAUGUUUAUGGAAAAAAUAUGGUUGUGAAUGCUAGAACUACUCGAAGAACUACUAAUUAACAGCAAUCAGCAUGACUAAUAUACUGGCCACUAUCAGCGGAAUUGCUAAACAAAUAUUAGCAAUUUUUUAAAACUAAUUCGCUUAAACUUUGCUCAUAUUUGUCUAGCAAACCAACGUCAAUUCUUUAAACGCUAAUAAAUACUAAUUAUGUUUAGUUAAUAUUUAUCCUCUUAAUUACUGUUUACCUUUCAUUUCUUCUUUUCCGGUUGAUGACGGUUGACUUUUACUUUACACUUAAAUUUUAUAGAUUACGACCCUGUUCAUUUUCGUAAUUAAAAUGUAUCAUUCCUCGUCGAAUUUGAUUCGAAGGAUUUUUACCAAAACAGUUAUUUCAUUGUGAACUCUCGAGAGUCAUUCUUCAUAUCGCUUCAUAGUCUUAUAAUUUAACACCGUUUAGAAAAUCUCAUAGAGAUAUUAGGUUGGCAAAUAUUUCCCCUGCGCUUUUUUUUGCUCUUUAUUCAAUAUUUUAUAAAAACUGUUACAGUGAUGGGAUUUAGCUUAAAUACGCGACGUUUCGUUCGAUAAUCUGUUUCCAUCUAGACGGCGACUUUAUAAUACCCCCUUCGUAGAAGCCCCCUCCUUAUUUGCGAAGAACUCGGACAACCACUUUUCAGCCUCUUUUGAGUUCCACAUUACACCACCAAGGGCGUUCGCCAUAGACAGGAACAGGUCGUAAUCACUUGGCGCUAUGUCCUGGCUAUAUGGUGGAUGCGAUAAAACCUCUCAUCUGAGCUCCCGUAGCUUCUGACGAGUCAUCAAAGAAGUGUGUGGUCUGGCGUUGUUCUGGUGGAACACUAUACCCUUUUUUUUUGUUUUCCACUAAUUGAUCGGUAAUCGUCGUCACAGGUCGUCACAGUCUUCUGACGGCUGGUGUUUUGGGGGAUAGUACUCUAUAACUUUGAACUGCGGAGGUAUGGUUUCGACGAUUCAGAGCGGGUGAAAACGACAUCUUACGGAAGCUUUCUCUAGCGAAUUUGCCUUUAACGAAGGAUAACUUUAAAAUAGCGCGAAUUUCGGCGUUAGUGAACUCCAUGUUUACAGGACUAUAAUUGUUGCACGUAAUAUCUAAACUAAUCAUGCAUAGCGUCGUUUUGUGUGUUGUAGGUUCUUUCAAGACCUUUCAAAGAUGUAUAGUAUUGCCAGAUACGAGCUCUGUAGCGCUUUAUACAUAGCCGCGAAAUACAAAAGCCAAAAAAGCGGAAUUUGCCAACGUAAUAUAUUAUAAAUAUUGCUAUAUUACAAAAGAGAAAAGUUUGACCCAGAGAUAGUAUUGCCAAAAACAGUUACUGUCAUGCAUUACCUUUAUAUUUAGACUUUAUGCUACACAAAUCAAGUUUCAGUGUAUACAGAACUUCGCGCUAGUACCCCAGAAGAUAUAAGGAGAACUUCGUUUCCGCCACUUUCAUACAAACUGAUCCUUAGGUACGUAUCGUAGUGGAGUCGCGUAGUGCUUCCACCGAGUGUUAGGUGAAACUAAUAGAACAUUAGUGUACCAUAACAAGACAGAGGACUAACUAGCACCUCAGGCGUUAAGAUGUAUUCAAACAGUGAAGAAAUGUCACACCUUACCUCAAAGCUUUCAUAUCAUACAUAUAAUAAUAUAAUUUUUCAUUAUAACAAAUAAUUUAAAACGUCGUUAAUUAUUUACUAAGUGUUAAUUAACAUAAUUGUCACACGUGAACCAAAUGACAGCAGAAUCAACCAAAUAACUGCCUAAGAUCUAUUACAUCAACUUCAUUGACAAAAGCGAUUUGCUAAGAGACAUGACGUUAUCCGGUUUGACAGUGUUUCGUUUUAACAACGCGAACCUGCGUUACCUCGGACUGGUAACACCAACAAAUCGCCGUUAUAGAUACGUAUAUUAUCUAUACUCUCUGCUGCUGAAUACGCUCAUAAGCAUCUGUUAUCCUGCGCACCUGAUGAUUGGCCUCUUUCAAAUGGAACAAAAAACGGAUAUUUUCAAAAAUAUUUGCGUUAUUUUCACCGUUUUGGCAUGUAUCAUCAAGACGUUCGCUUUGUGGUGGCGUCUGGCCGAUAUUGAAACGAUCUACGCCAUUAUUGUGAAACUUGACGCGCGCAUUACGCAACCGGAAGAUGUGCACUUCUACACGUCCGACACUUUGCGUCGCGCCAAACACGUGCAAUAUUUUUUAAUUCUCUUAGGUGUAUGCGCUUUUGCCGCGUCGGAGGCCGCCACGAUUUUCGCCGGUAUUAUGGGUGAAUGGCGUUUAAUGUAUCCGGCAUAUUUUCCAUUUGACAUCAGCGCAAGCGCUUGGCAUUACACCGCGGCUCAUCUCUAUCAGGCGGCUGGCAUAAUUUUGAUUUUUCAAAAUCUCAGCAAUGACUCAUUCCCCGCUAUGGCACUAACGCUACUGGCCGGCCACACACGCUUGCUGGGCAAACGUAUUGCACGCAUUGACGAUGCGGCGGUAAGUGUUGCACAGUUGCAGCGUUGCAUUGAGGACUACAGGGAUUUGCUUGACCUACGCCUUACAAUACAAUCGUUUAUUGCCGUUAGCGCCUUCGUGCAGCUACUCUCCACCGGUGUCAAUAUGUGCGUUGUGAUAUUUUAUGUGAUUUUCUAUGUGAAUGAUAUUUUAUGGUAUAUCUAUUAUAUGGUUUAUUUGGUGGCGAUGCCAUUUGAAAUAUUCCCGUUAUGUUAUUAUGGCACUUGCAUGCAAUUGGAAUUCGAACAGCUGACUUAUGCCAUAUUUUCAUGCAAUUGGCUGGAUCAGUCGGCCGUGUUCAAGAGAAAUUUACGCAUUUUCACCGAGCAAACGUUACGUAAUCAAAUUGUGGUUACAGGUGGCAUGUUUUCCGUUAAUUUGGAGACAUUUUUUGCCACGCUGAAGGGCGCCUAUUCGCUGUUUGCCGUCGUGAAGCAAAUGAAGUGAAGAGUGAUUAGUAUCUUAUACAUAUGAUUUUGAUUUUGUAAUCUGUAUUCAAAGAAACUUUGUUACAUUUUUGCAACAAUAAAAACAAUUUCAAUCCAGUUUAUAAACAGUCUCUUGACUCUGUAGUUCUCUUUGAAAUUUAUGAUCAAUGUAUAUUUCAACACCAGAAUGACGCGUGUUUAGUCUGUGCCGUUAUCUACCGUUAGUAAGACCUUUAUCUAAACGCUACAUUAUAAAAAUAUAAGAUUAUAUUUAUUUAAUUGCAUAUCUCAAGUGCGCACACAUUUACUACACGAAAGCUUCAUUUCUUUAGCGUUUUUCAAAAAGUGGCGUUCUGAAACGG